ACAGUAGUCAGCAGUUGUCAAAGACUACUUAAAUUUUAGUUUGUCGGCAAAAUUUAUUGAAUAAUCGAAAUUAAUUAUAUUUUAAUUAAUAUAAUACAUUGUUGUUGUCGGAUUCAAUAUUUUUGUCGCCUAAAAUGUCAUUCAAUUUUCUUGUAGGUGUAAAUAAAAGUGCUUCUGUUCUUAAAGAAUUUGUACGGAAUGCAAGUAAGAAGACGGGUGGCAGUACAAAAAAUACCAGCUGCAAAGUAAAACCAAAGCGUAGAGGUUGGAAAGUGCAGGAUGGCCACUUUGUUCAAGAAGGACACAUGCUGGCUACACAGAGAACGACUCGCUUUCACCCAGGAUUGAAUGUUGGGUUUGGUCGCAAUGGGACUCUCUUUGCUAUGGUGCCAGGUAGAGUAGUGGUGACAUGUGAGAAGUUUGAUCCCAAUUGGGAGCAUACAUGGGUACAGAGAAUCUAUGGUGGCCGUGGACAACAGACAAUAUUGAAGAAAUAUUUCAAUGUUAUACCAGAACCUCAGCAUCAGAGAUUCAAGCUUAUCGAUGAAGUGUAAACAGUGUAAUGGAUACAAAUUUAUUAUUUAGUAACAAUUUAUGUUGAAUUUACUAAGUAAAGUAAUCAGUGUUCAUUACAAUAGUUUAGUUGAUCUGUAAAUAAUUAAUAUAAUAGUCAUAAUUUUGCAAUAUAUAGUUA